AUGCUGAUCCACGGCUCUGAUGAGCAGUCAAAGUCCCCACCGCCUUUCCUGGCGUCCAUACCGGAUUACCUACGGCGCCAACCUUGCUUGCUACCCCGCAAAAAUAAAAAUCGCCGCAGGGGACGCGGUAAGAGAGGCGGAGUUCGUGUCAGGCUUGUGGCUUACCUGGCUUCACUUUCCUCAUGCGAUCCGGACCUUUCAGGUGUCGGGUUUUCUACGGAGUUUGUGGGCUUCGAUCGGCGGCGUACUUUGGCGUACAAUUACCGGUGGCUCCGGCCUACUGCGGAUCUGCCUGACUCCGGGUGCCAGCCUCCCCGCUGCCGGAGCGUGAAGCUCUCUGUCCGCGGCUGUGUGCACAGGAAUCUCCGCCCACUUAGUCGGGCUUCCAAACAGUCUGGAAGGCGUUCAAUUCGCAUGGCACUGAUCAACACCAGAUCAGUCAUAAAUAAGACUUUCAUCCUCAGUGACUUUUUUACUACCAAUGCUCUGGACUUUUUUCUGCUGACCGAAACCUGGCUAAAACCAGGUGAAAACAGCGCCUUCACGGAGCUCCUCCCCCCCGGUUGCUCUUUUUUCAACUCCCCGCGAGCUUCAGGCCGAGGUGGUGGAUUGGCCACACUCUUCAAGGAUGAUUCUGGUUCUGUCCCAGAAGCUUUUAAACAUGCGUUGGUUAGGCCACUACUUAAAAAGCCUAAUCUUGAUCCCAAUGUGUUGUCCAAUUUUAGACUAGUCUCACAUCUGCCCUUUCUUUCGAAGGUGUUGGAAAAAAUUGUUUUUAAUCAGUUACAAGUCUUUUUACAACAGAACUCAGUGUUAGAAAAAUUUCAGUCUGGUUUUAAAACGCGCCAUAGCACUGAGUCGGCGCUUCUAAGAGUUCACAGUGAUAUAGCUUUGUCUGUAGAUGCUGGGGAUCCUACUGUGCUAGUGAUGUUGGACUUGACCGCAGCUUUUGAUACGGUGGACCAUGUAGUCCUUCUUGCACGCCUUGAGCAUUUUGUAGGCAUUCAAGGCACUGCACUUAAAUGGUUUAGCUCUUAUUUGACAAGUAGGACUUUUUCUUUCACAAUGGGUGAUUUCUCCUCCUCAUCUGCUCCUCUCUAUUGUGGGGUGCCCCAGGGUUCAAUUCUUGGCCCUAUCUUGUUCUCUUUAUAUAUGUUGCCAUUAGGAGCUAUAAUCGAAAAGCACAACCUGUCAUUUCAUUGUUAUGCAGAUGACCUGCAAAUUUAUCUGCCUAUACAACCCAAUGACAGUGUUGCACUAAACUGCCUCCUAAAUGGCAUUAAUGAUAUCAAGUUGUGGCUAUCUCGCAAUUUCCUGACCCUGAAUGAUGACAAGACCGAAUGUAUUAUCUUCAGUACAAAAUACAUGUCAAACAAUCAAACUUUAAGUCUGGGAGCUCUGACUUCAUGCGCCAAGCAAACUGUAAAAAAUCUGGGUGUGACAUUUAAUUGUAGCAUGAAAUUUGACAAACAGAUAAGCAAUGUUGUCAAAACAAGCUUUUUCCAACUUCGUCUCCUGGCUAAAGUAAAGCCUUUUCUUAACAGGCACGAUUUGGAAAGGACUAUUCAUGCCUUUAAUAGUUCACGUCUCGAUUAUUGCAACGCUCUUUAUGGUGGCCUAAAUCAAAAAUCCAUCGCACGUCUGCAGCUGCAAAAUGCCGCUGCUCGCUUUCUCACAAAUACUUCUCGGAGUGCACACAUCACUCCCGUUCUUUUUACUCUACACUGGCUUCCGGUGCGUUUUAGAAUUGAUUUUAAAUCAUUGUUUGUUUUUAAAGCCCUAAAUGGCCUUGCCCCAAAGUAUUUGUCCGAGCUUUUAACUUUGGGUGGGCAAAAUCGGUUGUUGCGGUCUUCCAAUCUACGGACUCUAGAAGUCCCGAGGUCGAGGUACAAGCAGUGGGGCGAUCGGGCUUUCGCUGUUGCUGGCCCAAAACUCUGGAACAAGCUCCCGCCAGACAUUCGCACUAUAACGGAUGUUGUUCAUUUUAAAUCAAAACUUAAAACUUAUUUAUUUAGAAUGGCUUUUAAUACACAGUAG